AUGCUCCACGAAAUCCUCCUCUCUCUCUCGGGGCAUCCGUCGCCUCUCCUCCGAGCCGGAACUGCCGACUCGAGCCCGGUGUCCGGCGUCACGCCAUCUGAACGCCAGCUACUAGCCUCGGCAGCGCAUCUCAGCGACAUCCACAUCAAGCUCAUCAAGUACGCCGGCCAGACCGCCGGCGCUCACCCGUCGCCGAUAUGUAGAGCCGUAGGCACAGCGAUACAGUCGAUCCACUUGUCUGCCUUCCAGCGCAAGAUAUUGGAGGUGGAGGAGAGCAUAUUGAAGGAGGACCCGGAGCUGGUGGGCGAGUACAAUAUUGUGCCUCUGACGGCCGUCAUGGGAGAAUUCACCCAGUGGACAAGGCGCUUCGAAUGGCUCUGGGACAUUGUUCAGUUUAUGAUGACCAAGGACGAAAAGGGUCCAUGUCGUGGUUCCCAGAUCAUGAACCGUCUAAGAACCGAGCUGCUGAGCGGCUAUCGGGACGUGGAGGAGGCGGCGAUGAGCUUAGUCCAGGUGGCAGAGACGGCAUGGCUAAAACAGGUGUCGGCUUGGGUUCUUUAUGGGAGACUGCCGAACUUGGGAGGCAAUGACUUUUUUAUUCAAAAGGUGGAGGGGACAGCCGAGUAUAUCUACGAGCCAGAACUCCUGCCGGGGUUCGUCACGCCAGCUACAGCGACAUCAAUGCUCUUCAUUGGUAAAUCAUUGAAUCACACACGUGUCAGGGCGACGGUCGAUUCCGGCAUGGGAGGCCUAGAUCAUCUAUCUACGAAGCUACAAGAGCUGGCUAGCCUGUCCUUCCCCGUCAAUGGCGCCACAUUCGCCAGGACAAUCGUUUCUAUUCGACUAUCACUUUCACAAAACACACUCCAAAAGAUCCUACCCACCGCAAAGGUCAUCGAGACGCUACAACUACUACGAGAAUUCUUCCUACUGGGGAGGGGAGAGUUUGCCAUGGCCUUGACUCAGGAGGCGGACGACAGGAUCCGAAACCGUUGGCGGAGAGCAGGCAAUCUGGCACAUGAAAACAGAGACGGGGUGAAGAAUGUCACUGUAAAAGACGGAGAAGUUUCUGCCGUUCUAGCAAGGACUUGGGCCGUACUGGUGGCCAUGCAGCGGAACCAGGUGGAAGAAGACGAGCUGCUGGAGCUCGCAAGAGAUCUACUUCGGCUACACCUCACCAAGGCCAGCCUCACGCCCGUCAAUGUCAGUCCGGGCCUGAAUGCAGAGGAGGCCAAGCUGCUUGCUUCGUCACCAUUUCGAAAUCUGCUCUUUUCAACUCCAGCAAUCCUAUCCAUCCAGCUCCCAUCCCCUCUCGACAUGGUCAUCUCACCCUCCGACCUCCAACUCUACUCCUGCAUCAACUCUUACCUCCUAUCCAUGCGUCGAGCUCACAUUCGCCUAACCGAUCUAUGGAAAAUCACCUCUCUACGACGACAUCAUCCUGCUCCUCGUGGAGCAACCGAAUACGCCGGCAUCCUUCGAGAGCGCUGGUCAGCACGAGGAGCUGCUCUCCGAAGCUCCUGGACAACUGCCAGUGCAGCAAUCUUCUUCCUCGGCGAAACAGAAGCAUACUUCCAAACAGAAAUCGUCGAAGGUCUCUGGGAGGGCUUCCUGACUUGGCUGACGGGAAAAGAAAGACGGCGAGAAGGCGGUCGCUCUGGCGCCGCUACGCCAGCCGCACAUUCUGCCAAACACAGCGUAGCAACAAUGGACUGGAGGCCCGGCUCCUCCAGCAAUGCCGCAAAUCCAAACGACGUCUCUAAAUUCCUUUCGCGUCCCGCUCCUGAUCCGCAAACCCUUACAACCGCUCACUCCUUGUAUCUCCGCACCCUCGUCCAUCGUCUGCUCCUCACUCAGCCCACCUUCACUAACCUCCUCUACACUCUCCUCAACCACAUCGACCAUCUCGUCACACAUAUCCAAAGAUUACACUCCAUAUUCACAUCCAUCGACCUCGAAACGGACGCCGGCGUGCUCGACUCAUCCACCGACCUCAAUCGCGAAGAACAGCACACCAUGGCGCUCAUCCGGGGCGUCGAGGGCAAGAUCCAGCGCGGCAUAGAAGACGUCAUUGCUGCGCUGCGGGCGCUCGAAGGCGACGUCGAGUUUCUCGCGCGGUGGGAGGGACUUGAUGGAACGGAGGAUGGCCAUGAGGAGUAUGGUGACGGGGAGAAGUAUGUCCCUGUGAGGGUCGGCGGGAUUAAUCGUCUGUUGAUGAAGCUAGACUUUGGUACGUGGAUUACCACUCAGGGAGAGUAUGUAUAG